AACCAUGCCCGGAAUGUCAUGACGGGGAGCGACGGGUCGUCAGUUUCCGGCACGACAAGGGCCACCUCCUCAAUCGUAGGUCGAUCGGGGGAGUUGGGAUCUUCUGGAUGCUUCUGGAAGCUUUGAGAUUUUCCUAAAUCAGCUAAGCGAAAGGCUGAAAGGGGGAUGGCGACUUCAUUAUUCUUCUUUAAUGUCAGCAAGACGACUUUCAAAGGACAUCUGUUAGGAGUUGCUGCAUCUUGGAUCAUCCAAGUUGGAAUUGAGAUAUAUCGUUGCUUUAAGAAUGAGGAUGAGAACGAGGAAGAGGUUGAUAAAGCUGAAAAACUCGAGCUUCUCAGGAGAAAGGUCUCUGGUGCAACUAUUAGGUGUGGUGCCUCAUUGGUUUUUGCUUUCAUUGGGGCUGGAAUUGGUGCUAUCCUCAUCCGUCCUUCAACUGGACAGUGGAUUGGUUGUGCUGUUGGAGACUUAGAGGGGCCUAUCAUAGUUGGAGUUUGUUUCAAGAAGGUUCUUCAUCGGGACCUUUAAAGCUCUUAGGCCAAUCUUCCGACGUAUUUCCUAUUCAUGUUUUUGUUUUCAACAAACCAUAUUGGAAUGCGCUCACUACAUAUCACAAAAGCUCCAGAGCCUCUGAUCUAAUAAUCCUGUGAUACUGUUUUUUUUUUUUCUCCUUUUCUUUUUCUCUCAGAAUUUGUUUAGAAAACAGCUGCUCCCAAUUAAAAAGAGAGAAGGGCUAUCAGAAUCUAACUCGAACCAGUUCUUGGAGAAGAGAAAGAAGUUUCAAAUGUCCGAACGAGCUCCGGCGGAACUCGAUGGUAAGUUUCUUCAUUUCUUCCUUCUGUUCUUUACACAUCUGAGCGCAAGCGUCUUCUUCAGAACUGUGUGAUUGUUCUUCUGGAAAAAUGAAACAAUGAAAACAACAACAAAAGACAGAUUACUCC